CGGCAGCGGCGCAGGGCUGAGCCCCGGGGCGGAGCUGGCGGCGGCCCAGAGGAGGCGGCACGGCCGCAGCAGAGCCGGGGCUCAGGGGCACAGCGAGGCUCGGCCGGCGGAGCGGCGCCAUGCGGCGGGCUCGGGCCGCGGGGCUGCCGGCGCUGGCCGCGCUGCUGCUCGUGGCUUUGGCCAGAGCCCAGGUGCAGCAGGAGCCAUUCCUGGAGACCACCGAGGGCACCGGCAUCAACAUCACCUGCUCACAUCCCCAAAAAUUGAGCGGCUAUUACAUCCAUUUCUACCGUCAGCUGCCGGGUCGAGCACCCGAAUUCCUCGCCCUCGCUGCUAGAGGCUCCAAGGAUGUGCCGGCCAUUGCAGGAACGCUGUCGGUGUCGGAGGACGGGCGCUCCAGCGCGCUGUGGCUGGCUGUGCCCCGGCGCGGGGACGCGGCCGUGUAUUACUGCGCGCUGGGGACCACGGGCAGAGGAGCCGGGGCUGCGGCCGGGCACGAACCGCCGCGGGCGGGGCCGGGCGGGGCCAGCAGGGGCCGCUGCCGCUCCGCCCGCCGGGCUCCCGGGGCGCGGCUCCGCAGCUCCUUCCUCUGCCCCGAGCCCGCCCGCACCGGCCCCGCACGGCCCCGCACGGCCCCGGCGCGCCGCACAACCCGCCUGCGACCCGCGCUCGCACGCUCGCCACGCACCGCCCGGCCUCCCCUCGCUCCCGAGCCCGCCGCUGCCUCACGCCAAACUGCUGCGGGCUGCGCCUCUGCCGCCGCCUCUCGCCCUCCGGACACGGCUGCUGCUGCUCUCGGCCUGCUUUGCAAAGCCACGAGCUGCUCCUUGACAGCACCUGGGCUGGGAGCUGGCAAAGCAGCUGCGCUGACGGGCACACGGGGGCUGAUCCAUGCAGUGCUGUCAGGACAGUAG